GAUGUGCAUGCGGUGUUCGUUAAUGAGACUGAGAUAAGUUUGAAGCGUAACUUAACAUUAAUUCUGCGGGUAAAUUAUGUAAUUGAAUGUGUCUACUCAAGAGGGAACUGGGAUCCCAACGCGUUUGCUAUGGCCCACAACCGAGUUUUACAAUGGGCCACAUUCGCCCGGACAUGGUGGAUAUAUGACGCAGCUCACCAAUGUCCGCACAGAUCUGGAGACGUCUUGGUCAAGUACCUGAUGGGAGUUCACAAACCUAUCUACCACCCUCUCAGUGACGUUGGGGACCAUGUGGUAGUGUUCAAUACUAAACACAUUGCCAUGGAAGGAGAUCACUGGAGAAGGUGGAAGUAUUUCCAUCAUACUCAGUACCCAGGAGGAUUCUCUCAGACCUCAGCCUGGAGGCUACACGAAAUUGACAAGACUAAGAUCAUGUACAAAGAAAUCUAUGCAAGAAUUAAAGGAAACCUUCUAAGAGGAAAUAUGAUGAGACGCCUUCAUCUUUACCCUGAAGAUGAUAUACCGGACGAUGUAUUGAAGAAUGUGUCAGAUCAAAUCCGCCAGGUUCAGAUCAUACCCAAGAGACUGGGCGAGUUUACUGAGCAGGAGAUCAAAGAUUUCCCAAAGCUCUUUGAUUGGCCAGAAGACUUUUUGCUAACAUCCAAAGAGAGCAGUGAGAGAAAACCGAGCCAGUAGUAUGGGGACCUCCUUUUAGAGUUGAAUGGUGUACAUAUGUAUGCGCAGAUUUGGGCAUGCUGUGAGUGAUUUGUUAUUUUUUAUUUUGCAUAGCGUACAUGUUUAUGUAGCUUUAGAGAUAAAA